AUGGUUUCUCUUUCUUGGCACCAAGCCAGCCCCGGUUUACGUGGUGAGGUGGAUCCAGCAAUGAUGCGCCACAAGUCAAGGCACUUCACAACGCUGGUGGUUUUCAUGGUCUACCUGGUCCUUCUACUCAUCUCGUGGGUGGCGGCCUGUGUCUACAGUCUGAGGCCAUCCCUCAGCACGAGCGACUACGAGGAUGCCCAGGGAAAGCUAUCCCCAGAAGCCCUGCAGUCGGUCACGGCUUGGACGACAGCCAUAAGAGCCCUCAACACCGUGGUUGCCAUCUCCACCAUCCCCGUCGUCUCUGUCAUCCUGGCCCAUGCUGCUGUGGCUUAUGCCCAGAGGCAAAACGAAUCCAACAAGCUGAGCCCCCGACAGCUUCUCUCGUUGGCCGACGAGCCUUGGGCUAGACUCACGGCCAACCACACCUCUGGCUUUACCCUGCUUGGCCUGAUGCUGGUGACAUAUUAUUCGACGGACCGGGGAAUCCCCUCGACCUUUAUGACGCUAGGGUUUGACCCAACGCCAACCUCUGUCGACCAAGUACCCCGAGACCAGAUCGUGAAGAGGGUUGCAGACAAACUGGUGACUGAGCAACGUGCUACCGAGCAACCCUACUUGUGGCACGACUACACAGAGGGUACGACGGGCAGGCCCGAAAUCUCUCAGGUUCAUACGCUGUCCAGCUACCUCGACAACCCAAACCGCGGAAGCAGCUACUUCGUGUCUGCGCUCCCGUCGACCACAAACACCGGCGUGCUGCGCGAAUCAGCCAUGCGCCUCCGGUCGUCCAUCGCGUGCGAGACCAUCGGCUACAGGUCCUAUCCGUCGUCGUGUAGCGGGCCACAGUCGUUCGAGGGAGCCUUUCGGAGCGCGGGCGUCCAGGUCAAGUUUUGCGUGCUCCAAAUGUCGACGACGUUGGACCCCGGGCGGGAUCGUCGGCAGAUGCGCGAAGAGCUUUUCCUGGACAGCACCAUACCGGGCGACAGCGAGAUCAGGAACAUGGCGGCCCGCGCCAACUACACCGCCCGAUGCACUGCCAAUAGCACAAGGGACUACUUUGAGCUGCCAAACUCGCGCAGCGGGACUGGAACAGCUGAACCGUUGCAUGCCCCGCAGGGUAUAGGAGAGGUACUGGAGCGGAGGAGCAAUGAUGUUCGAAAAGUCAAUGUUGAUGGCGAUGGGGGCGAUGGGGGCGAUGGUGGCGAUGGUGACGACGACGACGACGACGACGACGACGACGUUUACGAAGAAGCUGACCAUCUCAGCGACCACCACCCAAGGCCAGGCUCCAGAGCGACCACAGCUCCCGUCCAACAAGCCCCGGGACCGCUUGCUCUUGCACUCCUGGCCGCUCUGGGAAACGACUCGUUCCUGGGGCUGGCAAGCCGUGCCGAGGGCACCGACGAGCGCAACGACGCAGCUCGCCUGGCCGCGGCGGCAUCGAUAUGCGCACGAGGUCUGCCCCUGUGGUCCUUCACCAGGCAGAACGUCUCAGACGCCUGCGCCGGCCUGUACGACGCGGCCGUCGACUCGAGCGGCGCGUCCACGCAGUUGAGAACCUCGCCGAGCGUCCGCCUCGACGUGCUCGUGGCGUCCUGGUUCGCCGCCCUCAACCCCAAGGGACCCCAGGGCAGAGCGACGGCCGAGUCCGCCCUGGCCGCGGGGCUCUUCUUCGCAAGCGAAGCGCUGCUCACGGGCGCCGCCGAGCCGGGGCCGAGCACGCCGACGGUUCGCGCGAGGCAGUCGUCGGGCACGGUCGAGGAGACGGCGCCGCGGCCCAUACACUCGGCCAUGGGCACGUCGAUCAUAAAACCCAGCGUCGCCUCGGCCGCCGUCGGCAUCCUGUCCUUCUUCCUCGCCGUCGAGGUGCUUGUCCUGGCGGCCCUCAGCACCACGGCCUGCUGCUCGCGCACCAUCGGGACCCGCUUCAAGCCGGCCACCAUGCUGUUCGCCGGCGCCCAGCUGCGCGACGAGCUCAUCCCUCCGGACAAGGCCGCUUCCAUUUCCGAGGAGGCGCCCGCCGAGGCCAAGGUGCGACGGAAAAAGACGACUGCGGAAACUCGCCACUACUCUCCCAAGACGCCUGUCGUCCGUGGCCACAGGGCGAAACCUGGAAACGCGGGUGAGCAGCCGAGUCUGAAGAAAAUCCCGGCCGGCGGGAAAAGGGCUGUUUACAACAAAGAGCGUGGAUCAGAGGAUUCGCUGGUCCGCAAGUCCACCAGGGAGGGCAGCUCUGGAACCCCAUCGAGAUCGUCGUCAAUCUCGAGCUGGGGCUAUUCGUGGAAGAAGCUCGCGACGCCGCCGCACUCGGGGCCGGAGGUGCAGGGUGCAGACGCCGAGUCCACAUGGUCCCAACAGUCGCCCAGAGGACGUUCUAGCUCAGGACGCCAGCAAGGCAGGCAGCAGGCGCAGCAGAGCCAGGGCGAGGCAGACUCGGUGCCCUCUCCGGUCGAGGAGCCGCACCACUCAUUGCCGACCUCACCUUGCGUCAGGACCGUCUCGUUUGCCGCAGGCAAGCCGGAGACGAUAACCGUUCGAAGAGAGAAAUCGUCGCAAGACCAGUCGCCGCGUAUGUCAGGGGCGGAGGCGGAGGCGCCCGAACCGGAGCAGGAUGCGAACAAAACUCGACUGCGGGUCUCGGGGCCUUAUUCUGGCUUUUGCUUGUCGCCGACUUUCGGCGAGACCGUCAACCCUGCGUCUGAGCGUGCGCCUGCCCGGCCUCUGAAGGAGCUGGACAUGGCUCACCGCAGAGGGUCGACUGAAUAA